CAGGCUGCAGGUUGGGUUCCCCCUCUCAUGCCCUAAGGUGUUCUGUUUUCCAAGUUGCAGCAGGGAAUCACUAAACUAAUUUUUUACCUAAAUUUUACUUACACUUUAACCUGAAUUACCUCGACUUUGAUUUUGGAUGUCUGUUCACCUCAGUGAUGGAGGUAAUGUCUAUUUAAUAGCUGUCCACGUCCUUGGGAUUACCCUGGACACCUGUCAGAAAUAGGAGGGGGUUUCUGGUGGUAUCAGUCCCGUCCCUUGCUGGUUCCAAGAAUGUUUUUCUUAGCGGCGCACGCAAGACCUGGAGUGCAUUUGCAUCCCUUGUUGGAGUGGGACGAGCAGGACGCCGCUGGUGCCCAGGCCCCGGGCACCUUUAAUGGAAGCUCUGCCGCUGCGUGCGCGGCGGGCGGGCGGAGCUGUGGCCGCACGGCCGGGCCCAGGCGCGGGCGGGGCUCGGGGUCCUGGGCAGGGCCGCGCCGGCCAUGGCGGAGAGGCGGCAGCGGUCCCGGGUGCAGGGCGGCUGGGCCGGCGCCCCGGCGGGGCGGCCCGCAGCACCUAAGGCACCUGUGGCCAGCAGCAUUGCCCUUACAGGUGUGAGACCAGCAUGGAGACAGAAAGAGCAGCCUCACGCUGAAAAGCAAUUUGUCUUUGAAAAGCCAUCAGAGGUGGAGCACAGAGUUCCUGAGGCAGGUGUGAUAGACAAGCCUGGUGUGUAUGAGCUCAGCAAGGGACCAACUGGCAUUUCUAGGAUUCAUUUGAUUCCUGGCUUUAUUGACUCAGAACAAGCAGACUGGAUGUUUGAGCAACUCCUCCAAGACAUACCCUGGGGUCAGCGAACUCACAUCAGACAGGAAAUAUCUUUUGAGGAACCACGGCUUACAUCCUGGUAUGGGGAACUUCCUUACACAUACUCCAGGAUAAAAAUGCAGCCAAAUCCAAAUUGGCAUCCUCUGCUGACCAUGCUGAAGGAGCGCACUGAAGAGUUCACUGGCUACACCUUCAACUCUCUUCUCUGCAACCUCUACCGAAAUGAGAAGGACAGUGUGGACUGGCACAGUGAUGACGAGCCAUCGCUGGGGAAAAAUCCUGUCAUUGCCUCACUCAGCUUUGGUGCUACUCGGACCUUUGAGAUGAGAAAAAAGCCUUCCCCUGAAGAGGAUGGAGACUAUACUUACAUAGAAAGACUUAGAAUCCCACUUGAUCACGGGAGUCUGUUGGUGAUGGAAGGAGCCACCCAGGAGGAUUGGCAGCAUCGAGUGCCUAAGGAGUAUCAUUCUAGAGAUGAACGGAUAAACUUGACAUUUAGGAUUAUUUAUCCAGAACCUGAUGGAGUAUGGAAGUGAAGAGCCACUUUGGACAUUGCUGGAUAUACACCCACGUGGAUCUAGAGCCUUAGAUUGCUACAGAUUUAAAGGAAGCCUUGCAGAAACAGAGUUCCUUGAAGUCAUGGGGAAAAGAGCUGAUAUUAUGAAGAUCUUUGGCAAUCAGAAGCUGUCUGUGUUAUGUGGACAGAAAUUAUAUGUUAUUAGAUGAUACUAAAUCACAGGCUUUAAGUUUGUGAGCAGUGAUUAUUCUUAAAAGAACGCAAAGCAUGUGAAAGAUUUGAAAGGUCCCAAUUGGAGCAGACAGAUUUAGUGAGCACAUAGUUUGCACCUUGUCUCUCCUUUACUCCCAAGUGGUCAUCUCUUUUGGAAGAAAUGACAAGGUGGGAUUCUGUGAUCUAAAUCCACCUCUGUGUGUCUGUACAUAAAGGAGAAAGCUGCACUUGAGGAUGAUCACUGGGUAUUACUCAUUUCACCAAAGGGUGGUGCACUGCUUUUUAUCUGUAGGUUGCAGAAUCUUUUCCAGUUAAGCAAUCAGUUUCAUAACUUAAAUAACUACUUGAAUUAUACUAGUGUCUAGUGGAACAAGGGUCCAGGCUCUCUUCUGCCAUGCACUCAGUGGUCAGACUUUAUCUUAACUGUUUAUCCACGUAGACAGGACAAGGCAAAGGCAAGCAACAGAGACAUCUGAUGACCCUGCUUCUGGGUCAGUGCAUAUUGCAUUAAAGAAUAUCACUCAGAGUGUUAUCUCUUGAGCCUCUGCUGACACAGAUCAGCAGUCAGCACCUCAGACCAGAUUCCAGGCUGACUUGGCUGGAAUCCUUCAAAUUUGCCUGCUGCGACUCACCUGCUGCUGGGAAGCAGGGCUCGUGACUGCAGUCUGGAUGUUAAGUCAGGAGUGCUGCCUAUGUGAUUAAGUUCUUACUGCAGCUAAAUAUCAUCACUGUACAGGUUCAAAUCAUAGGUUUGGUCCAUCUUCACUGCCUGCCUGCAGUAAGAUCUAAGGACAGGUAAAUACUCUAUGCCUUGUAACACGUUAGCUUUGUUAAGCAAGCUAAUGUCCAUCUUCACUGUAAGAAGAAAAUGGUGUUGAGGAAAUAUCUGUAUUUUCUUAGCCAGCAUCUGUUGUGGUUUAAGUUCUUAUUUGGUGAGAACAGUCAAGUUAUUAAUACUCAGUUAUGCCUAUAUUUUAAUGUUACUGAUGAUAUAAAGGACAUAAAUGUUGAGCCAUUUCACUCCCUGUGGUCUGAAAUUGGGCAGAAUCAUUUCCUAGAAACAGCUUCUCAACCUAAACCACCAUAUGUUAUUCUUCUAAAAUGAAUGAAUGUUUCUAGAAAACUUAACUCCAUUAUCUAAUGAUGUCUUCUCUUUCAUCCCAAUUUGUACAGAAAUGUUUUUGGACUAUUUUUAAUGUUAUUUCCUUGCAUUUGAA